AUGAACUUCAUAUCUGGAAUUGUUAAUGAAUAUAACCAUGAAAGAGCUCCAUUUGGAUUAAAAGCAGAAUUGGAACAGAUUUUGAUUUUUCUGAAUUACACACAAAAUCCGAAUUUGACUGAUUUUUUCGGCACAACAUUGCUUCAUUUUGCUGCUACUGAUAAUUACGAUAAUUUUGAAAUUGUCGAAAAAUUAAUUAAAGCUGGAGCUAAUGUCAACGCUCGAAAUAAUUGCAAGCAAACGCCUUUACAUUUAGCUGUGCUUCGUCAUAACUGGAGAGUAAUAGACACCCUGAUUGCUCACAAUGCUGAUAUUAAUGCUAAAGAAUUAAAGGGUAACACUGCUCUACACUUUGCUAUAGAUUUACUUUGGAGCAAGAGAAAACAAGAUCAACAAGAAUCUCGUUCAUGGAUUGUUAGAAAACUAUUACUUUGCGGAGCUGACCCAAAUGUACCCAAUACUAGUAGAGAGACUCCAUUAAUGCUUGCGGUAAGAUACGGAGAUUUGGAAAUUGUCAAAGAGCUGCUGGCUUGCGGAGCAAAUGUGCAUUUGCGCAAUCAAUAUUCAGAAACGUGUCUGCACCUGGUUUCCUGGUCUCCUCAACCAGAUAUCUUCAUUUUACAGGAACUCGUAAAACAUGGAGCCUGUGUGAGCUGUUGCGAUGAUAUAGGCCGCACGCCUUUGGAUGUUUUGUUGGAGUCUGACAAAAUUGGCUCUGUUGGGUACCUGGCAGAGUCAUUUAUAAAAACUGCAACUUUGGUACAUUGGGAACAGAAAAUAGUCUUUCAAACUAAUCAAAAUCGAGAAAAAACUCGGAGUUUAGAGGAAUUUAUGGAUAAAUGUUUUCAAGAAGUUUCCCGAAUGAAAUCCUACGUUUAUUCUGAUGAAUCUACUCUCUGCCAUUUUGCGAUAAACGGUGGAAAGGUCAACAAAAGGCACAAAUCUCAAAGCAUCUUCGAUGAAGUGUUGGAUACUCUAACAAAAGAUGACUUUCCUAUUUAUAAUGACUUCAUUGAAGCUCAUUUUGACCGAGAGUUUUUGCAAGAAAAGUUACUUCAAAUGAAUGUAUAUGCAAGAAACGCAAAAGUCUACCAUUUUUUACCACGUCAGAUAGUUUUGAAUGGGAGAAACAUUUAUUGCCGUGUUAAGGAUAUUGCCCUUGAGUCUGGCGCCUUAGACCGCUCGGCCAUCCUGACACUUGUUAAGGAUAUUGGAUCAGAAAAUUUUUGA